UCGGCCCCAAACCUGAAUAAGAAGCUUCUGGUCCCGCGUUUGUAUCAAGCCGGGGUUGGGGGGAACAGCUGCGGCUUCUCCCGCCGACAGGCCUGAGUUAACGGCCGGCAUUUUGAGGCCGCAAACCCCCAGGAGGCAAAAAAUCAGAGAGAGAGUUUGUUGUGAAAUCAAUGGGUUGUUGUAAAUCAGGAGGUCAGGGUUACAGUCAACAACAACAACUUCUAUUUAUAUAGAGCCUUUAGCAUCAGAAACCAUCCCAGUGCAAUUCACAGGAAAAUUAUAAAACAAAGUGUGACACCGAGACACAUGAGGAGAUAUGAGAGCAGAUAACUAAAAGAGGGAGGUUUUAAAACGAGUCUUGAAGGAGGAAAGUGAAGUAGAGACGGAGAGAUGUAGGGAGGGAAUUCCAGAGCUUGGGGCUGAAGACGCUGCCACCAGGGGUGGAGGAACCAUCUUCACGAUUGCUCAUUAAAUCUCCACACAGAUAUUACAAGGGGAGAAUUUGUGGACACAUAACUUGAAUUGAACAUCACAUCAAGAUCUGAGUCACUUGAUUCAUCAGGACCUGAAUAUCAUCAGCCCUUGAAUGUGUAAGGAGAAAUGUUUGUCCAUGGGAAAAGGUUUCAAACAUCAGUGUGACUGGAAAAACACCAAGACACGCACACACCAGUGAGAGUGUUCCAGUGCACUGACUGUGGAAAGAGCUUUAACCGGUUACACAGCCGGAAAAAAAAUUGCAUCAUUUACAGUGGGGAGGAACUGUUCUGUCUGUGAAAAAGGCUUUAUCUGAUCAUCGAACACCAUGGAGAAACCAUGGAAAUGUGGGGACUGUGGGCAGGCAUUCACUACCCCAUCCAAGCUGGAAACUCAUCGACGCACUCACACUGGGGAGAGACCAUUCACCUGCUCUGAGUGUGGGAAGGGAUUCACUCAGUCAUACAGCCUAGCAUUACACCAGCGAGUUCAUACCGGGGAGAGGCCAUUCACCUGCUCUGUGUGUGGGAAGAAAUUUAUUAAUUCUUCCAACCUUCUGAGGCACCAGCAUGUUCACAGUGAGGAAAAGCCAUUCAUUUGCUCUUAUUGUGGAAAGACUUUCAGUCUUUCAACCAUCCUCAUCUCACACCAGCGAGUUCACACUGGGGAGAGGCCAUUCAUCUGCUCUGUGUGUGGGAAGGGAUUUACUGAGUCAGCCAACCUAGCAUUACACCAGCGAGUUCACACUGGAGAGAGGCCAUUCAUCUGCUCCGUGUGUGGGAAGGGAUUUAUUAAUUCAUCCAACCUGGUGUCACACCAGCGAGUUCACACUGAAGAGAAACCAUUUAGCUGCACUUCCUGUGGAAAGAGUUUCAGGCAUUCAAGUAAUCUCAGUGUGCACCUGCGAGUUCACACAGGAGAGAGGCCAUUCACCUGCUCCCAUUGUGGGAAGGGAUUCACUUGUUCCUCUCACCUAGUGAGACAUCAGCGACUUCACAAGUGACUGCAUGGAUUGGAUUCUAAUGUUAUUGCUGCUGUUAAUCAUAUCCAGGAUUGAACCAUGUUCAUUGUGACAGCUGGGGUUUGUCUCUGCUGAUGUUAAUAAUCCUUGUAACUGGCUGGAGUUUAAUAUGCUGAAUCUAUAGCUGAUUGUGUUCUUGGGGCUGCAGUGUCCCUUUAAGAACUGCUGUCUGACCUUUCCCCACAACUCAGUGACAUUCAUCAGAAAUUAUUUUACAACAAGAUCAUGAACUUUUUCUUCAAUACUAAAUUGAUCUUUGGUACGAAUUCUACAAUUCAGUGUCUGAAAGGUUCCACUGAUUAACAUCUCCAGUUAGAAAGUGCUGAUUAAUUCCUGCUGACAAUUCUUACUGAUUUGCACAUUACAAACAGUGACACCUCCAUUAUCCACCAGAAAGAAGGGGAAUGGGAUUUGGAGAAUUGAGCGUCCCCAAAUGUUACCCCUCCCACCUGGUACAGAAAUCCCCUCGGUGUGGGAAUGGAGAUAAGUCCAAUCCAAGUAAUGGACUAAGAAAUCGCCAUUGAAUAAACUUGUGAAAUCUUCAAAAAUUUAUGGAAUAUUAUAGAAAUUGCUCAUUCUCCCUUAUGAAGGAAGCUUCCAUAGCAGCUUGCUGGCUGACAAACACAGGACAGGCCUACCAAGGACGUCUCAAGCACAUUUCCUGAAACAAGACAUUUCUAACCCUGAUGCGAUUGAAUCUCAUGACCCAUAUUUAAACCAACUGUCUGUCUGAAGGUUAAAACAGGCUCUCGAGAGGAAAAAGAUUUCAAAGUGAUUCGUAAUGGCUUCAGCUCAGCACCUACACACUGGCUCACACCAGUAAACCGUUCAAAGGAGAUUGCAGACACCAGCUACAGAGACCAGCACUCACUCUGCAUCAUCUGUCCGUUUGUCCUUCGGGACUGGUCAAUCAUUCUGACCUGUCACGGGUCAUCUGUUUUCCUGUCUAUUUAGCUCACUGAUCAUAUUUAAACUGUUGCUUCUCAAUAAACUACUUUCAAAUCA